CUUAACCUCUCUGCCAUCGCUCUUUUGGCGGUUUAAAAGGAUUGCAUUUGUAUUUUUUUCUUUUCGGUUUGGAACCUCUGAACGCAACGCUCGCGUCUCUCCCCAAUCCUCUAAUCAAGCUGAACUCGGAUCUUCAGCUUCCUUGCUGGAUUGAGCUUAAGAGUAAAUGGAUCAAGAAGUGCAUUUCUGCCAGAAGUUCACAAAUAUGAAUUAUCAUUGGGUAAAAGUGGAGGGAUCUUUUCUUCCUGCACCAUUAAAUGAAUCAAAUGAAGUUGAUCAUUUUCUUGUGGAGCCUAAAAGCGACCAUGAAUUAGGAAAUUGCUUGAGAGUUCAAGAUUUCUCUCGUGACUUUGGCUACGAAAUACAAACAAAUGGCGAUGCCGAAGUUGAUGAAAAUUCUUUCAGACAGAAUAGGGGAUUACAAUUGGGAAAGCUAAGUUCAGAGAGUAAAUCUCAGGGAUCAAGCAGGAGUGAUACUGAUGCUUUUGAAAUAUCAGAAUUGUCAGCAACAAUGGUAAUGGAGGCUGAAUUCAACAAUACACCUGUUGAGAGGAGUUUGACUCAUGAGUUGUUCUCUGGUCUGAGGACCAGAGGUGGGUGUGCAACACCAUUUGAAGGCAACAUCUGCAAUACGAUACUUGAUAAUAAUAAUAUCCAUAAGUUCAAUACUAAUGAAAACUAUCUUGAAAAUGAGAAAAUAUCUGAUGAAAAGGGUGAUAUUGUGGCAAGCAAACUUGCCAGUUGCUCAAGAGAGAGGAGAUUGCGCAAGCCUACUCGAAGAUACAUAGAAGAAUUUGCAGAUUCGAAGUCUGAAAAUAACAAGGGAAGGAGAAAACCUCCUACAAAAGAUAAAUACCUGAAAGUGACAUCUACUGAGGAAUCUAAUCACAUUAGACAGGUACAAAUGUUGACCCCUAAAGAUGAAUUGCAUUGUGGUACGUCUGUUCCAGUGCAGUCUCGAUCUCAGAGAAGACAUCCAGAGAAGCACGUACCAGUUUCAGGAUUUCUGUCUGAAGACGAACCUUCUGCAACUGAGUGUAAAAAUGUUUAUUCAUCUGCCAAAAUAUGUAAAAAGUAUGAUAGGAGGAAGCACCAGAAGAUGUGGACCCUUACUGAAGUAAUGCGAUUGGUUGAUGGAAUUGCUGAAUAUGGAACUGGCCGCUGGACUCGUAUAAAGAGGCACCUAUUUGCGUCUUCUCCUCAUCGUACGCCCAUAGAUCUCAGGGACAAAUGGCGGAAUCUUUUGAAAGCUAGCUGUGUUAACAUACAGAACAGUAAAGGGACUGAAUGUAAGCAGCCACAUGCCUCACGUCCACUGCCGAAGUCCCUUCUCCAACGUGUUUAUGAGUUGGCCAAUAUAUAUCCAUACCCGAAGGAGCGCAGUCCAAAAUCAGUUAGAGAAGCUACACCUCCCAUGUAUCUUAUUGAAAGUAACUCGUUGUCAUUUAAUUGGGGGCGGAAGAAGUAUGAAUGAUAUCUACAUUGGAAGCAGCAGAAAUGCCUUUGCAAUGAAGUGGAAGUCUAAAUAGUACUUACAAUGAAAAGAUCUCUGUUUCUGUUUUGAUCCUUUUGUAACGGUGAUAUGCACUUGAAACUGGGAAGAAAAUCUUCCAUAAUAAAAGCCGCGGAGCUAAUUAACUGAGAAA